AUGGCAAAGGCCGAUCACCCGCAAAUCAAGUAUUGGCAGUACGAGAAGACAUGCGACGUUGGAGGUGUGUGCUCCUGCUACGACGAGGGCGUUUGCACGCAGAACCACUACAAUCCCGACAAUACAAUGAACUUCUUCUUCGAUUCCACCAACGAUUACCAGCCUCCUUCCGAGUUCUUCGUCGGCAAGGUCUGCGACGGUAAUGUUACCGGCGAUCCCCAUUUCGUUGGUGCCGACAAGUCGCGGUUUGACUUCAGCGGCCAGCCCGGCGAGAACUUCGCCCUGAUAUCGGAUGCGCAUAUUGCCGUUAACGCGUAUUUCGGCGGGCGCGUGGAGAAGGAGUGGAUGGGCCAGAAGAACAAGGUGAUGACUUGGAUGCGUAACAUCGCGGUGCUCUGGGGCCACCACUCCGUCGUUUUCGAGGCUAGGCCCGGAGCUGAUUCUGAGUACGGUGCGGGUUACCUCAAGGCGAUCUACGUUGAUGGCGAGAAAACGAGCUUGUCGUUCCCUGGCGAAAAGAUGUACCUGUUCGACGGUUCUGUUGAGCUCAAGUGGGUGGAUGCGAGGAAGAAGGUUGGCGACGAUCUGGUCGACAUUUACGAAAUUUCGGUUGCCGAAAUCAUCACCCUGCGACUGAUUUUGAGGCCUGAGAUCAAGCUGAUGAGGACCAAGGACGACGGGCUUGUUCACUUCACCAUCGAGGUCGUCAGCGCGCAGCUCUCCGCGAACGUGCACGGAGUUCUUGGGCAAACCUACCGCCCCGAUUUCGCCGGCCGACUUGAGAAGCAGACUCUUGUCUGGAGCAAGCUUCUUAAGGCGUACGUGGUUCCGGGUGACAACGCCGAGGGUUUCAUUGAUGGCACGUGGGAGGAUUACAAGACGUCGGAGCUCAUGCGGUCCGACUGCAACUACUGCCGCUUCGUACGCGGAACAGCGAUGGACGACGAAACCGCUAGCGCCGUCGCCAUGGCGACAUCCGUCAGCUCAUCGUACAGUGCUCUCGGCAGGAAGGGCAUGAUUGACGCCCUCAGCAAUAGAGUCUACGCAGACGGUACCUAUAUCCUGGGACCGGCGGCUAGGAUUCUAGAGGCGUUUGGGAUGCUUCGGGAGCAGUUGGAAUGGGUGGGGCUGGAGGUGCAGGCGCAUAAGUGCCGGUUUUGGGAGCGCGAGGGCGGGUAUGUGGAGUGGGCACUGCCAUUGGGGAUGCAGCGGGUGGAGGAGGGUCUCACUGUGGUGGGCGUGCCUAUUGGGGAGGAGGGUUGGGAGGUGACCCGGUUACGGGAGCGGUUUAGACAGUUGCAGGCGCCAUUCCCAUGGCUCCCCCUGCUCGACCACCCCCAGAUGGCUUCACAUCUCCUCGCCAUUGCAGUUUCAGCACGGCCGAUGUACCUGGCCCGGACUAUGCCGCCGCGUCCGGAGGUGGUGGAGGCCUUCAGGGAUUGGGAUAGCUGUUUGGAGGAUUGCUUUGAGCAGCUUUUCCCACCUGACACUUGGGAGCAUGACCCCGACCGGUCUAGGCGCGCGCGCAUGCAGCUGCAUCUCCCUGUGCGACUCGGAGGGUUUGGGAUCCGGGCAGCAGCCUCUUUGAGUCCGCUGUCCUAUGUUUGUGGGUGGGCGCAGGCCGCGCGUGAUAUUUCACAGUUGGGGGUGGCGGGCGAGGAGGCGAUGUUUGCGGAGUACCUCACCACUUCGGCAGGGGCGAUGUUUCUUGACCCGUGGUUUGCCAAGGCUCUUGAGCAGCUGCCUGCGACUAUACGCCAGGAGAUGCCGGGCUUACCUCUGUGCGUAGCGGCCCCUCCUCUUCGGCUUUUCCAGGCGCGGCAGCGGUUGUUGGCGGUAGAGGAGCUCCAGACACUGCGUCGCUCGGCUCGUGACGAUGCCACCCUGGCCCGUUUCACAUCCCUUCAGGGCCCGAGGGCUGGUGCAUGGGUUUCGGCGGUUCCGGCUCACUCAGAUCUCACAUUCACUGCGGCGGAGUGGGGCAUUGCUGCUGCUAUACGGCUCGGGCUCCCAAUUCAGCAGCUGCAGGUGGCGGGGAGGUGUGUUUGUGGCACAGCAUAUGUUGACCCAGCAGACCCGCAUCAUGCCCUGAGAUGGAAGCACCACCAUGGUCCAUCUCGGGUACAUGAUGAGGUGAAGUUUGCGGUGGCGAAGAUCUCUAAGGCGUCUAAGGGGGUGGUGACAAUGGAGGAUAGUGUGGUGCUGCAGGGGAAGCGGGUUGAUGUGGCGGUGCGACGACCAAUGGCUGGAGAGGCUCACGCCGUGGAGAUCAGCGUCGCGGACCCGCUAUCGCUGUCUCCAUCUUUGCUAGGACAGUGCGGGCGUCAAAUAGGCGUGGCGGCAAGAGAAUGGGAGCGUCGUAAAACAAGCGAUUACGCGCCUCUGCUUGCACGCAACCGGGGCGUGCAGUUCACUCCUCUGAUAGUGGAGACGUGGGGGUGUCUCGGCGGUCGCUUUCGGAGGUGGCUUCGUCAGCAGGGAGAUGCGCACGUGUGGCUAGCUGUGUCGCGGGGGGCUUGUCGGGAGGACGACACGGUGUUUCGGCUUAUCUUCUAG